AUGUUCUCCACAUUAUUCAUUACGCCAAGUUCAUUCCCAAGCGUCUUGGCUACAGAUCCUGGUACAUGUGCGACAUACUGUGCGUUCCGGGAUGUCAUGAGCACGGCGUGCGACGCCGAGUAUUCAUUCGUUGUCCAAUUUAGCACGAACAUCACCACGACAGACUUGGCGCUCAAGAUAUGCCAGGGAUGCUGCUGCAGGCGUUUAAGUCAGCCGCGGAAUGCCGGAACAAGGUCGUGCAAAAGGAACAUUGCACGUGUCCUGAAGGAAUACCUAGCGAUACUACAUGAUGCUUCCCCUGACUCAAUAGAGUCCUGCGGUUAUUUUCGCAUCGACAUGGAGCGGGGCUCGUUGAUCAUCAUUAUAUCCCCCCGAAUUGGCAGGUCUGGGCAACUUGCUUGUGCGCCGCUGCGCCUGCCUGAAGACGACCUCCCAGUUCUCCCAAUUGUUGUAGCUUUGGUAGUCUUCCGUACCGCAUUGAACAUGUCGUUUACUCGCGGCAUGCGGUGGAACAGUCAUAGCAACAAGUUCUGGCUUGGAGUGAUUUUAGCACUCUCUGCUUUGUACUUUUUACUACGCCAUAUAGGACCUGCACUCCAGCAUAAUCUGUUUGAAUACCAACCUCUGUUGCCACAGCGGCUGGAUAUAGCAAGGUUGACCUCUCCAUAUUCAUCGACCAGCAGGCUCACGACAAACCUGGUCAUUGCCAGCGUAAAAUCCGAUGACAUCUCAUGGACCUCUCGAUUGCAAGGCCUUAUACCGAACCUGAGGAUUAUCCGCUAUGUGAGCAACGACCAAACCGCUCAAUACCAUCCAGCGAGACCAAAGGCCCGUGAAGCGCUCAUGUACUUGACGUACCUACAAGACUUCUACCAUGAUCUCGCGGACAUCAACAUCUUCAUCCACGCGGACGAAAGAUCCUGGCAUAUGGAUGCGACUCUCCGAAAGUCUUUGACAUUCGCUCUCACGCAACUCGACCUUGCGCAAGUAGUCGAGAGGGGAUAUUUCAAUCUACGAACUUGGGCAGGAGACAACCCAGAGCACGACUGCCCAAAUGGUUUCAAUACGAGCAAGACCGCGCUGGACAGUCCGAAGGGAGAAGAGCGGUUGAUGGCGCCUGUAUUCCUAGCGAAUUUCCCUGGGGAAGACUUGCCCGAAAUAUUGGCAGGACCAUGCUGCUCACAAUUCGCCGUGAGCAAAGCCGCCGUCUUGAGCAGACCUAUAGAGCAGUACCAGCGAUCAGCUCAAUAUCUCAUCGACUCUCCUUGGCCAGAUCAGCCGGUGGGCAGGCCAUGGGAGCGAUUGUGGCCAUACUUGUUCCAGAAGCGGGCGAUCGACUGUAACAGCGAAUGGCGGACGCUUUGCAGAAUGUAUGGCGUGUGCUUUCCGGGCCAGGAGGAGGGUCAUCAAAGGUAUGAAAGUCUUUGGAAGGAGAAGGAUCAGCUCGAGGAGAAGAUUGGGCUCUGGAGGGAGAUUUGGAGUCCGCGGAUGAUUCGGAAAGACCGCUCGCGGCUGCGAGAUGUUGAGCAUGAGCUUGAAGAGAUGUUGCUACAGGCUUUGAGUCAUGGUCUUGACAUGGCGGUUCGGCAAGAGGCUGGCAGGGCUGUAGAUUGA